AUGUCGCUUCCUCCAUCACCGCCGCCGCUGCCAUCCACCUCCGCCCCACCACUGCUGCCGCCGGCCACCUCCUCGCCGAUGACGGCGAUCAUGUCCGGGACCAUCACCACCACCGCGCCAGCGACGACCACCACCACGGCGGAUCCGCCCCCGCUCCUUACGCCCGAGGAGGUGUCGGGCACCCUGCGAGAGCUCGUCCAAGCCGUCCGGGGCAUCACCCUCUACCUCGCUGGGAACCAGCCCCCGCCGCCGAGCGCCGCCACGAUCGCCUAUGGGCCGCCGCCGCUACAGUGGCCCGCCCCGGCCUUCCAGGCGCCCUACGGAGGGGCGCCUCCACCGCCGCUCCUGCUGCCGCACUACUCGGCCGCGGGAACGCCUUGGCCUGCGUGGCCGACCGCCACCGCAUCACUGGGGGGCCCGCCUCAGCAGUUCCUCCCAGCGCCACCGCCGGCCCCCACGACGCCGGCGACGGUGCAGCAGCACCACCAGGCGCCGCCGCCAUCGACAGCACCACCACCCGCGCCCCGCCCUACUGGCCGGCCCCUUCACCAGGUGCAAUUUCCGCCCUCGCCAUCGCCGAUUCCCGCGUGGGUGGCCGGCUCGUCUCCGGACCCGGUGUAUACUACGGCGCCGGAACACCCAAUACCCGCCCUCCGAUUUGACCAUCCCUCCAGCUCGACGAACUACGCUCCAGAGAUCCCCGACCCGGCACACGCACUACUAUUGACUGCAGCUCCCGGGCACGGUGGCCCGACACCCCCUCGCUUCGCCAAACUGGACUUCGCCACUUACGACGGCACGGAGGAUCCCCUUAACUAG